AUGACUGAUGAACUGAUCCUAGAAAAAAGUACCAAUAUCUUCUGCGAAUCUACAGAAGAUAUUCAAAAAAGUCAUAGAAAGAACCCUAAACUUCUGCAAUUGAAUAUUCGUGGAAUGAAUAAUCCAGAUAAAUUCGAUUCGCUGAAAAUAUUCCUCGAAAAUCUGAAGAUAAAUAUCGAUGUUAUCGUAAUAAGUGAAACGUGGGUAAAGGAAAAGAACAUUGCCUUUUUCAAUUUACCAGGAUACAAAGCCACCUUCUCAUCUCGUUUAAGUAACGGCGGCGGCCUUGCAAUCUAUGUAAGGGAUGAUAUAAAGUUCACUAUAAAGCGCAAUACUGAAGAUGAUGGAUACCACCAUAUUGGAAUCGAAAUUUUACACUACGGAGAAUCGAUUACUGUUCAUGGAAUUUACAGACCACCAGGCUACAACUUUUCCAAGUUCAUUAACCACCUAGAGAUACUUCUCACCGAAGCAAACCUCAGUAAGCCCAUCUUCAUAUUGGGUGACCUCAAUAUUCCUAUCAAUAGGGAGAACGAUAGUGUAGUAUUGCAGUACCAAAGUCUCUUGAGUUGCUUCAGCCUCGCUGUCUCAAAUAACAUUGUCACCAGACCUGCUAGCAACAAUCUGCUGGACCACAGCAUCGUUCGCAUCAACGACCUCCGUUCAAUAAUUAAUUGCACAUUUGAGUGUGACAUCAGUGAUCACAGGCCUGUUCUCACUACUUACAUUAUCAAAAAAGCUUUACCGGAAGUUAAAAUCUUAUCUCGGCGACAUACGAAUCGAGAACAUCUCGAAAAAGACUUCGUUGAUUUCCUAAGAAAUGCUGAUUUUCGGAACCAAGACCCGAAUGCUAGAUUGAAUACUAUAACUGAGCGCUACCAACAACUUCUUGUUAAACAUACCCACGUCACUACCGCUGUAGUUCGAAUGAGGAAAAUUUGUCCAUGGAUGACUCUAGAAAUAUGGCAACUUUUGAAAUCUAGGGAUAAAAUUUUGCGGAAAUGGAAAAAGAACCCCACAAACCUCAAUCUUUCCGAACAAAUGAAGAGAAUGAAUAAGCAACUACAGAACGUAAAACGGAAGGCAAAAAUCGAAUAUUAUGAGCAACUUAUGAAUACAUCCAACAUGAAAAUUCUUUGGAAACGAAUUAACGAAAUGAUAGGAAAGAAUUCCAAACCUGUUGAGCUGACAUUGAAUCUGCAUGGAGAAUCUGUUGAUAGUCCAUUACCUGUGGCAAAUGCAUUCAACGAGUUCUUUACUGCAAUUGGACAACAUCUUGCAAGCCAACACCACUCGACCGGAAACAUAGAUGAAUUUGGAACCAUCAAGCGGAUCAGAAACUCAAUUUUUCUUCGACCAUCCACCGUCCGAGAAGUCAUAACAAUUAUAUCCAGUCUGGAUCCUUCGAAAGCUUCUGGAGUGGACAGUUUUCCUGUGUCAGCGCUUCGAACCCACCACGCGGUUUUAGCCCCUAUUCUCACUUCAGCCUUCAACGAUAGUGUUCGUAUGGGCAAGUAUCCCGAAUGUCUUAAGCUAGCUGUUGUCCACCCAGUGUUUAAGUCCGGUGAUCCUAAGGCACUUAAUAGUUACCGACCGAUUUCAGUUCUCUCUGCCUUCAGCAAGAUAAAUUCUGAAAAGUACGUGGAACUCCUGAAAGACAUUCUGGUUCCACUUGCUGAGGAUUUUAUGGCAGAAAGCUUCAUUUUUCAACAGGAUAACGCAGUCAUCUACGUCAGCAAGACAAGUAUGCGAUGGUUUUUGGAGCGAGACAUUACGGUUUCGGAUUGGCUCGCAGUCCAGACCUAA